AUUGUCCAAGAAUCCAUCCAGAUACCUGGCUCGGAUCUGCAUCUCACCUAUCAAUCCUCGCAGGCCAGCGGCUACCUGAGCAUCGUCCGAAUGCGUCUCACAGCGGAAACCAUACCGCCCACCCUCACCCAUGUCCAUGUGGGCGUGGAGAUCGAGGGAGCACUCCAUGUGAAGACCUACGAGGCGGAUCCCAGUCUGGUGCACACAUUCGCCUGGAACAAGCGCAAUGUGUACCGCCAGAAGGUAUAUGGUGUGACUGUGGCAAGGAUCUCGGUGGGAUAUCAGCACAGCACUUGCCAGUCGCCGGUUUGGAUCGCCCAAACGGCCAAGUUGCAGGGCUACGAUGUGGACAUAUCCGAUAUUGGAGGCUGGGGCCUGGACAUUCAUCAUCACUACAACUUCCACGAGGGCAUCCUGCAGAAGGGUGACGGCAGCACGCUGCACAUGAAGGAAUAUCCGCGGACGGUGAAGGUGGUGAUGGGAACUGGUCUCCAGCGACCACUCACCUGUCCGGAUUACUGCAAUGGUGUGGCCAAGGAUGCCAAGCUGCUGACCCCCAUUGCAUUGGCCACUGGCCCAGAUGGCAGUCUCUAUGUGGGAGACUUUAAUUUGGUGCGAAGGAUAACGCCCGAUGGCAAGGUCUUCACCAUUCUGCAGCUGAGUGCCACCCAGGUUUCGUAUCAAUACUAUUUGGCUGUCUCCCCGGCCGAUGGACACCUGUACAUCUCCGAUCCGGAAAGGCAUCAGAUUCUGCGACUGUUGCGUCUGGAGAAGGUCAAGGAUCCGAGCAUCAACAGUGACCCCGUGGUGGGCAGUGGCCAGCGCUGCAUUCCCGGUGACGAGGGCAAUUGUGGCGAUGGAGGACCCGCCCUGCUCGCCCGGUUAUCUCAUCCCAAGGGAUUGGCCAUUGCCGCAGACCGUACCAUGUAUAUAGCCGAUGGCACCAAUAUCCGGGCCGUGGAUCCCAAGGGUGUGAUACACACCUUAAUCGGCCAUCAUGGACACCACAAUCACUGGAGCCCGGCCCCGUGCAGUGGCACCUUGAUGGCCAACCAGGCGCAGCUCCAGUGGCCCACUGGCUUGGCUCUCAGCCCCCUGGAUGGUUCGCUGCACUUCAUCGACGACCGUCUGGUCCUGCGACUCACCUCCGAUAUGAAGAUCCGCGUGGUGGCCGGCACACCGCUGCACUGCAGCAACGGUGCUGGGCAGGACGGCAGGGUCAAUAAGACCGGUGCGGAUAAUGUUCUCGGCACCGUCCUGGCCAUGGCCUUCUCACCGUUCGGGGAUCUCUACAUAGCGGACAGCGAUUCCAGGCGAAUUAACUCGAUUCGUGUGGUGGAUACGGCCGGGAAUAUGAGAUAUUUUGCUGGCAAACAGGAGAGCUCGGGUUCCCAGACCUGCGAAUGUGCCAUUGGGGGCGGCAGCAAUGGCAGCACUGCCUCUGCCGGCGUGGGCGUGGCCAGUGGCGGUGCCUAUUCCACAACGGUUAAUCCCACGCGGCCCAAUGGCGGCACCACGCCCACCACACCAGCAGGCGGAAACGGAAGCGGAAACGGAAACGGAAAUGGCAACGCUUCGUCGGCGGGCGCAUCAAGCGGCGCCGCCGGUGGUGGUGGUUCCAGUGGCUCCAAUGGCGGCGCCUGCAUCUGUGCCGGUGGCAUUGCCCUCGGUGCCUCGGGUUCUGGCACAAGUUCGGGCAACGGUAACGGAGGCGGUGGCACCUUGGCCAGCAUCGUGGGUGGCGGUGGUCUAAUGUACGGACCCACCACAACCACCACUGUGCUCCUGGGCGCCAAGACAACGGCGGCGGGCAUCGGUGGCGGAGCGGCCACCUUGAACGAUGAUGGAACACUGAGCAAUGCGGAGACACUGCUCUCCUCGAAUGCCCGAUUCCAGGCCAUAUCCGCCAUUGCGGUGGCCCAGGAUGGUGUUAUCAAUGUGGCAGAUCAGGGAUCCUUGCAUGUUUUGGCCUUGGAGCAUUAUUUACCCUCGCAUGACGAGAACGGCGAAUUCCACAUACCCUUCCCGCCUUCCAGCGAGAUCUACGUCUUCAAUAGGUACGGUCAGCAUGUGGCCACCAAGGACUUGACCUCGGGCAAGACCCGCUACAGUUUCCUGUACUCGAAGAACACCAGCUUUGGCCGCCUGUCCACGGUGACGGAUGCCUCCGGGAAUAAGAUCCAGUUCCUGCGCGACUACAGCAAUGUGGUGAGUUCCAUUGAGAAUACGCAGGACCACAAGUCGGAGAUCCAGAUCAAUGGCAUCGGCAUCAUGACCAAGCUGAGCGAGAAGGGUCGCCAGGAGAUCGAGCUGGACUACGAUAGCAACACGGGUCUGCUCAAUUCUCGCUCCUCGGGUGGCGAGACGUACAUCUAUCAGUACGAUGAGUUUGGCCGUGUCACCGGAAUGAUCCUGCCCAGCGGCGAGAUUGUGAGGAUCACCUCCCAGCUGGCGGAUAGCCAGGGACUGACUGUGUACGUGCAUGCCUCCGUGGAGUCACUGUUCUCGCGGGAACGCAUCUCGGGCGAAGCCAACGAGCUGCUGGUCCUUGGCGGCGUUAGAUCCACCUUCCUGAAGCGUGGACAGGCCCAUGCGGAUGCGGAACUCAAGGCAAACAACACCCUGGUUAUCCAUGGAGACAAUGGUGUCGUGGUGGAGGCCUCAGCCGUGGCCCGACAUCCGCUCCUGGAGGCCGCUCUGCCCGUGGAGGCCGAGAUGCUGGCCAUGUGGUCACACCAGAGCGUCAAUGGCGAGGGGCUGACCAACUCGAUGUAUUCGGUGUACAGUCUGGUGGGAGAUGUGCGCAAUCCGCAGCAGACGCUGAACCGCGAGAUCUGGGUGAACCAGUCGCGGGUGAUCGGCGUGGAGUUCGAUCAGUUCACCAAUCGGGAGACCUUCUACGACGCCCGUCGCACUCCCAUCCUGAUUGUGGCCUACGAUCAGUCGGGUCUGCCCAAGUCCUACUAUCCGACGAACGGAUACCCCGUGAACAUCACCUAUGACCGCUUCAACCGCGUCGAAGGCUGGGCCUGGGGUCCAGCGGAGCUCAAGUACAGCUACGACAGGCAUGGAUUGCUCUCGGAGAUUACCUCGCAGCAGGACGGGAUCGUGUCCUUUGUGUACAAUGACUGGAAUCUAGUCUCGGAGAUUGGCUUGGCCAGCCAGCGGAAGUUUGUGCUCCAGUACGAUGAUGCCGGCGGACUGAGGCAUGUGGUCCUGCCCUCCGGCACACGGCACAGCUUCAGCAUGCAGACCUCGAUCGGGUUCAUCCGGUGCACAUACACGCCGCCUGGCAGCACCAGGGCCUACCUGCAGCACUACAGCCAUGCGGGUGCCCUGCUCCAGACCAUCCUGCCGGGCGACGGAGCCCGGAUCGUGUAUCGCUACAAUGCCGCCGGCCAGCUGACGGAAGUGGUGCAUGGCGAUGGAAGGAGCGAGUUCCAGUACAACGAGGCCACCGGAAUGCCCAGCACAGUGUCGCACACGGAGCGGGAGCUGGAGUACCGCUGGGACUUUGAGUAUGCCGCCGGUCUGCUGGCCGAGGAGCGGAUCGACUAUGUGGCCAAGACGGGGCUGAGCAAUGCCAAGUUUAGCUACGAGUACGACUCGCAGCUGCGAGUGGUGACCCUGCAGGGCAGGAUUGGUGGCCAGAGUCUGCCCUCGCAGGCCUUUGCCUAUGAUCCGCGAACGGGAAGACCGAGCCUCAUUGGCCAGUUCCGGUACUCGCAGCUGGCCCAGAACCAGACGCAGCUGCAUGACGGCACCGCUAGCUUCACACGGACCGUGGACGGUCGAUUCCAGACGCAGCGCAUGGCCCUGGCCAUCCAUCGACUGGAGGUGUUCCGCAUGGAGUUCUCCUAUGGCGUGCAUGGCAGGAUAUCGCAGACGAGGACCUACACACGCAACAUGGCGGUCAAUAGCUACACGAAUGUGAAGAACUACACCUGGGACUGCGAUGGGCAGCUGGUGGGCGUGGAGGCGCAGGAGCCGUGGGGAUUCCGGUACGAUGACAAUGGCAACCUGCUCUCGCUAACCUACCGGGGCAACACCAUACCCAUGGAGUACAAUGCCCAGGACAGGAUCGUCAAGUUCGGAGGGCAGUACAAGUACGAUGCCCGCGGUUUGGUGGCUCAGAAUGCGCGCGAGGAGCGCUUCCACUACAACACCCAGGGACUGCUGGUGCGUGCCUCGAAGAGGGGUCGCUUCGAUGUCCGCUACUACUAUGAUCAUCUCAAGCGGCUGACCACGCGCAAGGAUAAUUUCGGUAAUGUCACCCAGUUUUUCUACACGAACCAGCAGCGCCCCUACGAGGUCAGCCAGAUCUAUUCGCCGCGCGACGGUAAGCUCAUGUCGCUGACCUACGACGAUGUGGGUCACCUCAUCUACGCCCAGGUGUACCGGCACAAGUACUACGUGGCCACGGAUCAGAGUGGCACUCCGUUGAUGCUCUUCAAUCAGUAUGGCGAAGGAAUACGCGAGAUUAUGCGCUCCCCCUUCGGUCACAUUGUAUACGACUCGAAUCCGUAUCUGUAUCUGCCCAUUGAUUUCUGCGGCGGCAUCCUGGAUCAGGUCACCACGUUGGUCCACAUGGGAGAUGGAAGGGUGUACGAUCCCCUGAUUGGCCAGUGGAUGUCCCCCGACUGGCAGAGAGUUGCCGAGAGGAUUAUAACUCCUACACGCCUUCAUCUGUAUCGCUUCAAUGGCAAUGAUCCCAUCAAUGUGGGUCACGAGCGUCACUAUCCGCAGGACUUUGCCGCCUGGAUGAAGACCCUGGGCUAUAAUGUGGGCAAUCUGGUGCCGCAACUCUCGCGGGAUCUGUGGCAGCCACCGGCACUGUGGGGACGUCCGCCCACCAAUCCGGUGGCUCUUAAUCUCCGUCGGCCCUUUGACAAUAUACCCACGAUGGCCGUGGAGAGUGGCUUCCUGGCGCAUCUCAAUGUCCGAAGGAUGUCGGACUUUGAGCAACUCUCGGCGCCACCUCGCUCGGCCCUCAAGUGCGACGUGAUGGAUCCAUCGCCGCGCUCCAUAGGAUCGGAUACGGAACCGCCCUUUGGCAAGGGCAUUGUUGUCUCACGAACGGCCGAUGGACAGGCCAUUGUGUCCAGUGUACCGGCUGCGAAUGCCAUCUACAGGGAUGUCUAUACGAGUGUGUUCAAUCGCUCCAAGCUGCUGCCCUUCACCUUUGUGGUGCACAAUGCGCAGCAGGAUUCGUUCUUCUUUGUGAAGGAGGACGCCUGGCGGGCCACCGAGGAUAGGCAGCAGUUGAAGCGGCUGCAGGGACAGGUGAAUACCACCUUCCAUGAGAUCACCAGGGAGGCAACGGUGGGCACACCGGCCUCUGCCUCAUCCUCCUCAUCGAGUGGCAGCUCCUCGUCAUCCUCGUCCUCGUCCUCCUCCUCCUCCUCCUCCUCCUCGUCGUCGUCGUCGUCGUCAUCCUCCUCCUCGUCGAAUACGGGCAACUACCUGGACGUGAAGAUCCAUGGGGCGCAUGCGAUCAUCAAUUUGCGCUAUGGCACCACCGUGGCCAAGGAGCAGCAGCGUCUGAUGCACCACGCGAAGCUGACGGCGGUGCGGAAGGCGUGGCACCGCGAAAAGGAGGCCUUGCGCAGCGGCCUCACCACGGCGCUGGAGUGGAGCCAGCAGGAGAGCGAGGAGAUUGUGAAGCAGAGCUAUGCCAAUAACUACGAGGGUGAGUACAUCCACGAUGUGGCCCUGUAUCCGGAGCUGGCGGAGGAUCCCUACAACAUUAAGUUUGUGAAGAAGAAGGGCGCCACCGGCGGUGCGGCGGGUGUGCCCAAUUCGCGACGGCGUCGCCGUCGAUCCGUCGAAGAGGAGUCCGCGGCACCGGAAGCAGCGGAGCCAGCGGAAACGGAAACGGAAACCGCCGACUGUUAGCUCACGAAACUGCAGUAAACCCGAGGUAAUAUUAUAUUAAUAAACUAAACAAAGAAAGGCAAAAAGCUAGGAAGAGUCCCGAGAACCCAAGAGAAAGAGAAAGAGAAAGAGAAAGCGUAGCCGGGAGACAUAAUUAUUUAUACAUAUAGUACAUAUAGUACAUCAAAUCUAUGUUAUCGAACCAGUUUUUUGAUGUCACCGUACAUUACAUAUAUAUAUAUAUAUACACGUAUACAUAACAUAUUUUUUUU